GGACUCAAGUCUUCGCUCUUGCAAUGAAGGGCCUUACACUUGCCGGCCAGCGGGCACCAAAGCCUGAUGCACUUAUCUGCCAAUUGUGUCAGAUUUCCGUGUUACCGGCCGCCCGAUAUCGUUCACAAACCCGAUCGUAUGCGUCCGCAACCAAGGCCAGCCGCAGGCCUCAAAUUGGACAAUGUCUGUCGAAGAAAACCCUGAGGACUCCUUUAACAACACUCCUGCCUCUGCAGAGGUACAAGUCAACAGAGUCGAAUCCAGCAGCUUCAUGUGACUUCAAAACGUCACUGCGUGAGAUCGAGCACGGCUCUGCAGAGCUUCGAAAUGCGCAAACAGUGCCUGCUAACGACGCAGUUGUCCAACUACUUCAGAAAUGCCUCGUCCUCGCGGAAGCCAUUGUAAAGCCCGAUCGAUCAGCUGCCGAAAAGGACAGUGAAAUUUCAUCACUGCUCAACCUCGAAGAACGGAACAUGAAAAAGACAUCUAAAGCAACAAAAGAUGCUCAAAUAAACCAACCUUCAGCGGAUGCCCUCUGCCGCAUUGUCCACACGCUAUUAACAGACGAGAAAAUAUUCAUCUCACCAGAAGCCCUUUCCUUCUAUGUGAAAAUUCACACCUUACUCAAGCGCCCCGAGCACUUCCCCCUGAUCUUCCAGCUCUACGCCAACAAGCCCAUACCUGAAGAGGGGAGCUCGCCGAUUAAAUACCUCCGUCCCAACCCAAAAAGCAUCAACAGUGCCAUUCCGGUCGACCUGGCCAACAUGGCUCUGGACGUCGCAAUUGAACAGCGGAACCUGGCUCUCGUCCUCGCAAUAAUUGAUAACACCUUUUGUACAUCCGCGUUCCAGCGAGCUAAAUUCUUCAAGAAGGCUGCAGCACCGCUUGGUGCUCUUGCAAUGACGCCACUUGGUUGCUACGUCGCUGCGUCUUGGGCUGCCAGUUUCCAAAAUACAAUGGAGCCGAGCACGGCCACCGCAAUCGCUUUCGCCGCUACCCUUGCCUACGUUGGCGGCACGUCCUCCGUUGGACUAAUGGCUAUUUUGACCGCGAAUGACCAUAUGGAACGAGUCGUGUGGAUUCCGGGAGUUCCGUUACGGGAACGUUGGUUGCGGGAAGAAGAACGGGCGGCUCUGGAUAGGGUUGCGCUUGCUUGGGGUUUCAAGGACAUCUACAUGCGAGGGGAAGAAGAAGGAGAGGAGUGGGAGAGUCUACGGGAGUUCAUUGGGAUGAGGGGGAUGAUUUUGGAUAAGACGGAUCUGAUGCAGGGUAUGCAAUAAAGUGCGCCCCUAUGUAACAAAAUCUACCUUUCCUUCUAGUUUAGCAAAUCACUGUA